AUGGAUCAAUGGUUCUUAGUAAUGCUUUCAAAUCUCCUCCAUCUCCAUAACUCCCUCGACCCAACCACCGACACACUCUCCUCCACCGCCACUUCCUCCGCCUCCUCCACCACGUCCCUCCUCCACUCUUCCUCCAUCGCACCACUCCUCCUCUUCACCAUGGCCUCCGUCCUUUCCCACGUCGCUUCCACACAUACCCCAUCCUCACCUUCCUCCAACAACAACAGCCGUCGUAACAAACGCCGCCGCAACAAAAACGCUUCCGACUACUCCGUUGCAGCUUUCCGUGCCCUCUCAACGGAACACAUAUGGUCUCUCGAACCUCCCCUCCGUGACGCUCAGUGGCGUUCUCUCUAUGGUCUAUCUUACCCUGUCUUCACCACCGUCGUUGAGAAACUCAAACCCCACAUCGCCGUCUCUAACCUCUCUCUCCCUUCAGAUUAUGCCGUCGCUAUGGUUCUCUCUCGUCUUGCUCAUGGCCUCUCUGCUAAAACCCUCGCUGCUCGUUACUCCCUUGAACCUUACCUUGUUACAAAAAUCACCAACAUGGUCACGCGUCUCCUUGCCACCAAACUCUACCCGGAAUUCAUCAAGAUCCCUGUUGGUCGACGCCGUCUCGUGGAAACCACGCAAUCCUUUGAAGAACUCACCUCACUCCCCAACAUGUGUGGAGCCAUCGACUCUAGCCCUGUGAAGCUUCGUUCUGGUCCAAGUUCUAACCCCGCUACCUAUCUUUCGCGUUACGGGUAUCCUUCCGUUCUUCUUCAGGUUGUUUCUGACCACAAGAAGAUAUUCUGGGAUGUUUGUGUGAAAGCUCCUGGUGGAACAGAUGAUGCUACCCAUUUCAGGGAUAGUCUUCUUUACCAGCGUCUAACUUCUGGGGAUGUUGUUUGGGACAAAGUUGUCAAUGUUCGAGGUCACCAUGUUCGUCCUUAUGUUGUUGGGGAUUGGUGUUAUCCUCUGUUGCCGUAUUUGCUUACCCCUUAUUCUCCAAGUGGGAUGGGUACUCCUGCUCAGAACCUGUUUGAUGGAAUGCUUAUGAAGGGGAGGUCUGUGGUGGUGGAAGCUAUUGCUUUGCUUAAGGGAAGGUGGAAAAUUCUUCAGGAGUUGAAUGUGGGUCUUCAUCAUGUGCCUCAAACCAUUGUGGCUUGUUGUGUUUUGCAUAAUUUGUGCCAAAUUGCUAGGGAACCUGAACCAGAUCUGCUGUGGAAGGAUCCUGAGGAGAGUGGAGCUCAACCCAGGGUGCUGGAUAGUGAGAAGUCUUUGUAUUUCUUUGGGGAAAGCUUGAGGCAAGUUCUGACUGAGGAUUUGCACCAAAAGCUCUCUUCGAGAUAG